AUGGCCCAGUUCAUCUGGAAGAAGCUCCACUACGACGCUGCCCAGACCACCAUCAUGCACUACUGGUUCGGACAAGCCUUCUUCUACUUCCAGGUAAGGGACCGUUAGAUGAGGUGGAUCUGCACUCCAAAAAUCUAUUUAAAAGCAUGAGGAAAAAAACUAUUACAUCUCUUAUUUUGAGUGCGGAUCUCCCACACAGCAGAUGAAGUACUUUUCUAAAUGAAGAUGUGAACGAGAUAUGUGUGUGUAGGUAGGUCACUUUUUCAUGCAGGAUAGAAGAGGUCACUGACUUAUAGAUUUCCUCAUGUCUUUCUAUUUUGGUGAACAUAAUCAAGUGUCUUUAUUGACUAUUGUACAAUUAUAUUUUGUAUAAUUACACACACACACACACACACACACACACACACACACACACACAAACAAUUAUAGACCCUGGGUAAUGGUUAGUCUCAACAAAGCUGUAACCCAGCCCUACUGUAGGCCAAGCUGAGCAGCCCAAUGUCCUAAGACUCCUAUUGAAGCCACUCCAUGUUCGGCUGUGUGGAACUGUUGAACAUACAUGAUUGAAUGAUCCACUAAAAUAUGGUGUUGGGUUUGUCCAUUGGAGGGUGUCUUAGUCAUGCUCUUUGACAUAACGGGUAUUUUCACACACACGAGCAUGCACGCACGCACUCCAUCCAUCCAUCCAUCCACCCCUCCAGGCGAGAGAGAGGGGAGCUAGUGGCCCUCAUCAGCCAGGGAAUUAAUUCAGCUCCCGCGGCAAUCGGCGAGAGCUCUUCCAUCACACCUGAGCCCUCGUCAGGAAAUGGAAAGGGGAAUGAGAGACUGGGCCAAAAAGAGUGGGGAGGAGAGAUGAGGCCGAGGGGAGUUUUUACCCCGUCACUACAGGGCCAGAGAAGUGACAGACGGCAAGCUCUGAAUAGCUACCUGUUAAGUGGAGGAGCAUGCAGGAGACCGACACAUUUUAAUAAUAUCAGAUUCUUUCGAAAGUUAACAUUGAGUGUAUUGCGUAAUCUUCAUAUUCAUUUUACCCAAGGUUAAGUCAGGUGUAGUUAGUGAGGUUAGUUAACUUAGCUACAUUAGCUAACUUAAAUACACACAUUAGCUAACCUAGUUAGCUACACUAGCUAUGUUAGCUACUUUAGCUAACAAAGCUACGUUACUUAGCUACUAAGUUAGCUAAGUAAGCUAAGGUUAGGUGUGAAAAUGAAGCUUAAUAAAACUGACAUCUUCUGUUUGGCUGUUUGUUUGUCUGUAGGGGAACUCCAACAGCAUUGCCACGGUGGACAUCUCGGUGGGCUUCGUGGGACUGGAGAGCUACGUAGAGGCCCCGGCUGUCUUCCUCACUGUCCUCAGCACGUACGCCGGGCCCCUGCUCUGGGCUGCCCACCUCGUCUGCUACCUCAGCUCAGAGAACAGGUCAGUUACUGUACACUCAGCCCCCUCACACCAUUAA